CCCGCGGUCGGUGAUGACGUGUAUUCGCUCACGCGUCCCGGAAGUGGAGGUACAGCUGGAAGAGUUUGGAAACAAACUGGCGAUCCGAUGAGUGAGUGUCGACCCUCUGGCAGACAGAUUGAUUGUUGACGGCUCAGUGAUCGGCACACAGCGUGUGAGGAGGAGGAUGAUGAAGAUGAUGAAGACUCUGGUGAGUGUGGUGAUCUUCAUCCUGAUGGCGUCAGAGAUCAGCGCGAGGAUCCACCAGCUCGAACUCAAGAAUGAGACGCGGUCUGUGGUCCACUUGAACUCAUUCGGUUAUUUUCCGGAUGGCUAUCUGGACGUCCACCUGCUGUCUCUGAGACUGCCCCAGGAGAAGAGUGACCCCGGGACGGUGGGCUUCAGUCUGUCCUGGUCUCGAGUGAGUGGUAUCCUGUCCAACACCGAGCAGGGGCCGGAGUGUAAGCUGAAGAACAGUAAGAAUGACACUGAGCUCAUCCUCUUCAUCAUGGACACCAAGCGUCUCGGAGUCCAAGUGAGGCACUUUGGUCAUUAUAACUUCACGCUGGAGUCCAGACUCGAUGGAGAGAAAGAGAGGACCAAAAGAGAAAAUAACGAGGCUGAGAAGCCAGAAGAGCCGAGUGUUGAUCAGACAACGAAACAGAAAGACAAUUCAGAAGAGACGCCGGCUGUCAGCAGCACCGUUAGCCAGAAGGUGGAGAGAUUUGACGGGAAGUGGCUGGAGCUGCAGCAAGAAGGUGAUUCCUACAACUUCAGGUUCCGUCUCACGAUGAGUGCGAGCUCGCAGGGCCUCUACAACCUGGACUUCCACAACUGCCACAACGGCAAGACGCCGAGUCCAUACGCUCUCCACGUGAAUAUCACAGAGAAGAAUCCCAGUGGUUUUCUGUCAGCGGCUGAGAUUCCCCUGCCGCGCCUCUACAUCUCAAUGGCUGCCAUCUUCUUCAUCGCGGCUGUGGUGUGGACGUACACACUGCUCAAGUACAGGUACAGUGUGUUUAAGAUCCACUGGCUGAUGGCGGCGCUGGCGUACACUAAAGCUGUGUCUCUGCUGUUCCACAGUAUCAACUUUCACUUCAUCAACUCUAAGGGGAAUCCUAUUGAAGGCUUGGCCGUCAUGUACUACAUCACACACCUGCUGAAGGGGGCUCUUCUGUUCAUCACGCUGGCUCUCAUCGGCACCGGCUUUGCCUUCGUCAAAUACAUCCUGUCAGACAAAGAGAAGAAGAUCUUCAUGAUCGUCAUUCCUCUGCAGGUUCUGGCUAACGUGUCCUAUAUCAUCAUCGAGGAGACGGAGGAGGGCACGAGUGAAUACACUUUCUGGAGGGAGAUCCUGUUCCUGGUGGAUCUCAUCUGCUGUGGAGCCAUCCUGUUCCCUGUCAUCUGGUCCAUCCGACACCUGCAGGAGGAUUCGAACACGGACGGUAAAGCUGUUAUGAACCUGGAGAAGUUGAAGCUCUUCAGACAUUACUAUGUGAUGAUCGUGUGUUAUAUCUACUUCACGCGGAUCAUCGCGAUACUGCUGCAGCUCACAGUGCCGUUCCAGUGGCAGUGGGGUCGGGAGUUUUUAGUGGAGGUUUCUACUCUGAUCUUCUUCGUCUUGACGGGAUUCAAGUUCCGUCCGGCAUCGAAUAACCCGUAUCUACAGCUGCCUCAGGACGAGGAGGACCUGGAGAUGGAUGAAGUUGUAACCGAAUCCGGAGCGCUGGAGGGCAUCCACAAGGUGAAGAAAACGUCUAACGGCCGAGAGAGACAGAGAGAGGUUGCGUUGUGAGUGUCAUAUCAAAGAGGGCGGAGCCUGGACUCUCUAACUCCUCCCCUUCCUGAGAUUGCUGUCCUGGUACCCACAGACUCACUAUGCAAGUGAAAAAACACGGAAUGGAAAAAACGUAUGAGAAUAAAGCGCAGCAGACACGAUUUCCAUGAGAUAACGAGCCGAUUUUCCCGUACAGACUCUGGGAUAACAGUGACACGGACCGAAUCUCAUGCUUUGGUUUACAGUAAUGAUGUGGUCACUCUGCUCUAUUCCUUAAUUUGUUCGCCCAUUUAUUCCUUCAUUACAAACAUGUACAAUCAUUAUACUGCAUGUGUGAGGAUAAUUUGAUUUGUUUGAUUUUAGCCUUCUUUUAUUUCCUGAUGUCUUUAUUAUUUAACUGAAGCAGUGUGAUGCUGUUGUUUGUAUAUCAUGGUUUUUUUCUGUUCAUUUUUGAUCGGACGACUGGAAGCGGUUCUUCUCUAAAACUAGCGUAAAUACAGAGGUUGGUUAUCGUGACUUUUUCACCAGGUGAACUAAAGAUUUAGGGAACGUUCAUGUCUUUUUCCUCCGAUGGAUAUAUUUAAGAUUUUAUUGAAGGUUUUCUGGUGUUGUAAAUUUCUUUAAAGCGUUCAAGACUGUUAUGUUGAUGUUCUGUCCUGUUUCUGAGAUUCCCAAAACAACAUGCGACACACAAAUAACAUUAUUUUUUCUUUUGCUUCUUUGCUUCAUUGUGUGAUAUUUUACUCAUGGCUCGAUCUACUCUGUAAUUGUCCUUCCUUUAUUUAACAACUAGAAAUAUUGAUCUACAGUUAUAAAUAAAGGACUAACCACUGCUACACCGUGUAUAACUGAGAGACUGAAAACUAACGGUCCUCACGGGAAGCGCGGGAAGCUUCGCAGCGGUUUAGAUUAGAAAACCUCUCCAGAGCUUCCCCUCAGUGCUUUUAAACUGGAGGAUAUUUCCACAAGCUGUCAGAGAAUAAGCUUUUCCUGCUUGGUUAAUUGCUGGUUUAUCAUGCUAAUUGUGUUCAAGUUUGAAAUAAAGCAAAUAACUUCAA